AUGAGAUUUUCUUCCAUUAUUACGGCAGUGUUUGCAGCUUCCUCCGCCUUGGCAGCUCCAGUUAAUACCACUUCUGAAAGCGAAACGGUCCAAAUUCCCGCUGAAGCCAUCAUCGGUUACUUAGAUUUAGAGGGUGAUUUUGAUGUUGCUGUUUUGCCAUUUGCUAACAGCACGAACAAUGGCUUAUUGUUCAUAAAUACUACCAUUGCAAAUCUUGCCACUAAGGAAGAAAGUGUUCCAUUAAGCAAAAGAGAAGCUGAAGCCGACGCCGAGGCUUGGCACUGGUUGCAAUUGAAACCCGGUCAACCAAUGUAUAAAAGAGAAGCUGAAGCUGACGCCGAAGCUUGGCACUGGUUGCAAUUGAAACCCGGUCAACCAAUGUACAAAAGAGAAGCUGCAGCCGACGCCGAAGCUUGGCACUGGUUGCAAUUGAAACCCGGUCAACCAAUGUACAAAAGAGAAGCUGAAGCUGAAGCCGACGCCGAAGCUUGGCACUGGCUGCAAUUGAAGCCUGGUCAACCAAUGUAUUAA